CGGGGCCCCCAGGGCCUACGCUAGGUGAACCACCACUCGCCAUCGGCUAACAUUUUUGAAUGCAUCCGGGCACGCAGCUGUCCAGAUGCGUUCAUAAGUUUGAUGGAUGGCGAGUGGUGCAACCAGGCCCUCAGCUUCGGGGACGAGCGCGCCAGGUCCGAGGAGACGCACCCAGCCAUGCGAGAAGCAAGGAGACGACGUUGUGAGGGCGGCGGCGGCGGCGGCGGCGGCGGCGGGGCGGCGGCUGCGAUCAGCAGCAAAAAAGAAAACGAUUGGGAGGUGACGAUGGCGUCGGCUGCCGCGACGCCAGCGGCGGCGGCGGCGGCGGAGGCGGCGUCAGCUGCCGCUGCGACGGGCACGCUCAUCAAACUACAUGGCUUUCCCGCCAGUCCGACGUCCAUGUUGGCGCGCAUAACGUUGAAUCUGAAAGGCGUUCCGUACGAGUUCAUACCGCUAGCUGCAGCGUCGAUGACCAACGGAGCACCAGCGACGGCGGGAACGACGACGACUACACUUUCGGUGGGAGGUAUAGGAGAAAGCGUAGGCGUAGGAGAAGGGGGGGAAGGAGGAGGUAAUGGCCUCCACGUCGACGAUGGCGGAGGUUCCAUGCCAUGGUUGGAAGACGGUGGACACAGGGUUACCCAGACCGGCGCCAUUUUCAACUACAUCAACGAGAUGUACCCGAGACCGCCUCUUCUCCCCAAGAACGCUACUGCGCGCGCCGCCGUCCGAUCUAUUGCCACGUACGUGGCUUGCGAGAUCCAACCGUUCGGGUUUUACCGCGUUGUGCGCUAUUUGAUGGAUGAGGGCGGCAAGAGUCCUGACUGGGUGAGAGAGUGGAGGCGUCAUUGGCUGCGGGAGGGGUUUGGAAAGGUGGAGUCGAAGCUGGCCGACAUCAGUGUGAGACCAGGGAGGUACUGCUACGAAGAUAUGCCGACGAUGGCGGACGUCUUCUUGAUCCCUCAAGUUCAUAUUUCCCAAGGGCCAGACGUCGAGAUCGACUUGAAGGACUUUCCCUACAUCAAAAAGAUAUAUGAGAAUUGCCUGACGAAUUCUGCUUUCAAGGAUGCUUUCCCCGUAGAUUGAUGAUAAAUGAUGAUGACCAGGCAACGCGCUGCUUGCCUCCCUGCCUGCCCUGCUGCUGCUGGCCUGCCUACCGAUAGCCGCAGCAGCGACAAGGCCUUCCCUCAUGGACGGGAUAUAAUCCGUCGCAGCUACAGCUUACGUCUAUAAACAAUCGCUCACUUGUAGAUAGGUAGUCGAGAGUCAUUUGACGUCGUCCCCCUCCCCCCUCCCCUUUUCACUCAUCUUCCUCCCCUUUUCCGGCUCCUCGCCCUCUCCACUCCCCCCCACUCCCCGCAGCGAGGGGGUUCUCUGUCGAACUUGGGUUUUCUGUCCGUUUUCUUUCACCUAUUUCUUAUCUCAUUCUAUUUGCUGCCUAGUUUGAUUUCUCUCUCUCUAGCGUCUCUCUCUCUCUCUCUCUCUCUCUCUCUCUCUCUCUCUCUCUCUCUUUCUCUUUCUCUUUCUCUUUCUCUCUCUCUCUCUCUCUUUCUCUUUCUCUUUCUCUUUCUCUCUCUCUCUCUCUCUCUCUCUCUCUCCUCUUGCAGCUCGUUUCCCUUGUUUCGUAAACUUUUCUCGCAGCGUGUUGGAAGUCGGUUUCGUCGGUAAAUUCGUCAUUCUUUUGUGAUGAGCGAGAUCGCCUACUGCUACAAGAAAGGGGGCAGGCUCGCAUUUACUUUCGUUGUUUUUGAAAGGGCGACGGCCGCUUGCGAUAUCAUUAUACAACUGACCGGGCCGAGAUAAGUCAGAACGACUAUAUUCUGGUCAUCUGAUUUUAUCUGGAUGCGAUCUAGUCUAAAUUUUUUUCAACAGCUCAUGGGUGUACCAACUGAGCUAGGCCCGUCGGUGAGGAAGAUGCGCUUGUAGUUUUGGACAGGACAAAUAAAUCGUGUCAGCGUCACUGCGCGCCGGGAAUUUACCCCCGCGGUUGUCACUAAUACUAUUAAGUUUACGAUGGUGGCCGUAUCCACAAAUCCAUCAACACACCUGCUGCUCUUCCAUCGCUACUGUCACAAGUUAUGUUGGAGGCAGGGGUCAUUCAUGGUCUUCCCAGGCGAGCCAAGGAGCACCCUCUGGUCGAGAGAAACGCCUAUUCCAAAUUUUUCGAUUGCGAUCGGGGGAUAAUGAGCGGACGAGGAAAACUGAUCAGGAAGUCGUAGUUUCUCUCUCUAAACUCGCGCUGUCUGCCUGGUAGAAUGUUGACGGAUGAUGGAAAUAAUCGUCGUAAUUUUUCUUUGAAUCUUCCAACAAUGAGUUGGAGGCACGCGUAAUUGCCAAGUGUCAUCAAUCAGCUGCUGAUCGAUCGAUGGCUCGCCUGCAGCGAACAGGAGUCCAAUCAAUCAAUCAACGACUCAUGGAGGAUGGUCGAAUCGCUGCUACACGAUGAGAUUGCUCUGAAUCCCCUCAGGAGUAGAUCGCGAUGCGAUCUUGCCAUCUCUCCGGUCUAUCUGUCUUUCUCUCUCUCUCUCUAUUCAUAUCUAUAUACAUAUAUACUUCUCUCUUUCUCUAUAUUCUUCAUAUAAGAGGUGAUGAACAGUGUGACAAUAUAUACUUCUUUCUCCACAUAUAUAUGUAUGUAUAUGUGCUUUUUUCUCUCUCUCUCUCUCUUUAUACACGUAUAUUGCUAUGGAGAUUUUGAAUUAGGAGCGUAUUUGCUAUCCCUUCUUCAUCGAAGUGUCCGCACCAAACGAUUGCUAUGUACUCAUGCAGCUCCCUCAACUGUCUCUUUUGCUCAUGCGUCCGAUCCAUCGCGUUUUACUGUACAUAGAGAGGCACGUUACGUGUAUAAGUUUUUUUUCUUUGGCAGCGGAGCUAGUUUUUCGCAUUCAGUCCCCAAGUCCUGAACAAACUGUGCACAUUUAUCUUCUUUGUAUCGGGAACUCUUUUGCGUACACAUCAUGAACGAUCGGAUUAUGUACACCUCGUUUUGCUUAAUUUUUAACAUAGCGCGCCAAUCGAUGGUGGGUGGUAGAAUGCUCGAUCGGGAUUGAGAGUGGGGGUGAGCGAGUGUGUCGUGAUUAGUCGAUUUUGGGCGAACAGGGGAUGACGACGAGGUGAUUAAUUGAGGAGGUGAAAAAUCGAGUGAAACGAGGGAAUUUUUUUAUUUUGUAAAUGUGAGAGAAGGGUUGGUUGGAAAUUCGACAAU